AUGGAAAAUUCAAUGAAGAAAAAGAGUAGUGAAGAAGUAGAGCUCAGAAGAGGGCCUUGGACUCUUGAGGAAGAUACUCUUCUCACCAACUAUGUUCUCCAGAACAGUGAAGGCCGUUGGAACCUCGUCGCCAAAUGUGCUGGGCUAAAGAGAACCGGGAAGAGUUGUAGAUUGAGAUGGUUGAAUUACUUGAAACCUGACAUUAGGCGAGGGAAUCUAAGUCCCCAAGAACAGCUUCUGAUCCUUGAUCUCCACUCUAAAUGGGGUAAUAGGUGGUCCAAGAUAGCACAGUACUUGCCUGGAAGAACAGACAACGAGAUCAAGAACUAUUGGAGAACAAGAGUUCAGAAACAAGCUCGACAGCUCAACAUCGAAUCUAACAGCGACAAAUUCUUUAACUCUGUUCGUAGUUUCUGGGAGCAGAACUCAUCAAAUACUUAUUAUUGUUGUCCCCAAAACAACAACAACAACAAUAACAAUAACUCUCUUCUUCCUCCUUCUCAAUCUUACGACUCAACGAGUUCACAAACAUAUACUGAUUUCUCGGGUCAGACCCAGGGUUUAAGCAACACCAAUGGUUCUGCUUCGAGCUCCACUUUCAUGCCUGAUCUUAUGACGACGGUUCCACAUUUCAUGGAUCACAACACCAUCAUUGAUUCUUCGAUGUGUUACCAUGAAGGGAAUGGUCAAGAACUUGGCGGAUAUAUUCCUGGGAUGGAGGAGUAUUUCGUGGGAAAUUUAGACAUAUCAACGGAAUGUCACGUGUCGGAAGUGUACGAGGAUGUCACACAAGAUCCCAUGUGGAAUGUGGAUGACAUUUGGCAGUUUAGGGACUAA